UAGUAGCUUAGUACUGCUGCAGCCUUGCAAUAUCUCUCCCACAAACAACUCCUCUCACGCUCUCUUUUCUUCUUGUCCCUCACAUUUUGUCCUCUACCAACGUUCACAAAAUGAGUUCAGCGGAUUCAAACCCGCUGCUCUCCUCACAGAAGUCUUCGGACUCUGGAUUACAGGCCGUUCUCCAUCCUCUUGUUCUUCUCACAAUCUCCGAUUACAUCACACGACACACCUUGAGAGCGCAGGAAGGUCCUAUAGCUGGUGCUUUGCUGGGGCAGCAGAAUGGUCGAGAAAUUACCAUCGAGCAUGCAUUUGAGUGUGCAACUGAAGAGGAUCAUGGCAAAAUCAUAUUGACACCUGAUUGGUUUACGACGCGAUUGGAUCAGAUGAAACAAAUACACAAGUCUCCUCAACUCGAUCUUGUCGGCUGGUAUACAGUAUUGCCCAAGAGUGGUCCAACUCCAUCUAUACUACCUAUUCACCAAUGGAUCCUUUCGGAGCACAACGAAUCAUCCCUCCUGCUUGCAUUCCACCCCGAAGAAGCCGUUAAGCACUCAGCUGGCAGCAAGCUGCCCUUGACCAUAUACGAGUCUAACUACGAAGCGGAUGAACCGAAAGCAGACCAGGGUGAGGACAAGGAGAUGCGAGAUGGUGAUCCACCUCUGAAGCUAAAGUUCAGAGAAUUACCCUAUUCUGUUGAGACUGGAGAGGCGGAGAUGAUCAGUAUGGAUUUUGUAGCCCGCGGUGCCGGAAAUGCAACGGUGGUCGAGAAGAAGACAAGUUCUAAGCCAACAGCCGAGGCGGAUCCGAAGGGCAAGCAGCCUCUGAAGGCUGGCGCAGCCGGAAACACGGACCAGGGAAAAUCCGUUGAUUUCGUACUGGAGAAAGAGGAUGAGGAGAUGAUAGCAGCGCUCAACGCCAAGGCAAAUGCCAUCAAGAUGCUACAGUCCCGAGUUAAUCUUCUGAUAACAUACCUUGAACGACUUCCUCCCUCAUAUCUUUCCCCCAACAACGCGACAAACCUUUCUGAAGCACAAUACACGGUCCCCUCGCACACGAUUCUCCGAUCUAUCCAGGCACUCGUUAGCCGAAUGUCGCUUCUAGUACCAUCCGACAAGCAGGCUUACGAGCAAGAGAUGCUUAGCGAGGCAAACGACGUACACCUGAUGGAGCUAUUGGACAAUGUGAUGGAGAGCAUUACCGAAGCUCGAGAUGCCGGUAAGAAGUACGGCAUCGUAGAGAGUGCUAAGUCCCACACUAAGAAGAUGCUGGAAAACUCGGCACUAAGCUCUAGCUUCAACUUCUCUGGCCCUGGAGACCUUGCCAUCUAGAAGGUGCAAACAAGAAAGGGCGGAGGGGCGUAAAUUCGAGACAUGGGAUACUUCGCAGCAUAAAUUCCCUGCAUUUGCAAGGCGAUAGAGGCGUUUUAGAGGCUAGGUCAAGCCAAUUUGUUGCGGGUUGCGUUGGACGCCAGCCACCCAAAACCAAGUUACGACAGGGGUAUGAUUGAUAUCAACAGGAGUGCGUGCAAAUGCCAAGGCUCGUACUAUUUACGACGAACUGAAAAGUUACGAGUUAUAUGAUAAUGGACUAAUUCAUAAAACGUCGCGGUCUAUUAGGGCUACCAGGUAGAUACAGAGGUACGCUACGUGACAUUAUUUGUUUUCACCACAAUGGAUAGGUAUGAACUUCUA